UUGCAGGCUGAAGAGGAGAUUGCAAAAUGAAAACUCUGCUGUUGAUCCUGGGGUUGGUGGCAUUCGUGUACCUGGACUCAUGAUACUCCAUAGAAUGUUAUUCAUGCAAAAGUGUUUGUCUUCUGCCUUCAGUGGGGUGUCCACCUUGUCUUACGCCUCCUUUAAUGUGUCCAGAAGGUCAAGAUGAAUGCUUUACAAAUAUAACUAUGUCUCCUCUCCUUCCUGUCCAUUUGGUCAAAAGGGGAUGUACUACAAAUUGCACUAUGCCUCAAACAACUAAGUGUUGCAAUAUGACCAGGUGCAACAUCAUGUAAUUUCCUUGAAGAUUUACACUUCUGCCUUUUACCACAGGAUGGUCCAUAAUCCCCUUUCUGUUUUCCUUGACACCCCUCAUCCUCUUCCCCUUUUCCCUUGUUCUGCAAGCUUCGUUCUGCUAGUUCUGUAGUUUGAGAAUCCAAUAAACCUCAGCAUUCAAUUCAA